AUACUUUCCUCAGACAACAGUUGAGUUCCCUCUCAAUCAAAAGGAUGAAGUGCACAGUGCUGUUCCUUGUGCUGUCGAUGGUUGUCCUCAUGGCCGAACCCGGGGAUGCCUUUAUUUCCCACAUUAUCGGUGGAAUUAUUCACGCUGGCAAGGCUAUCCAUAGGCUCAUCCAGAAAAGGAGACAUGGGGAACAGCAGCUAGAGCAGCAACAGCAGCUAAACCAGCUCAAACAGUUCGAGCAGCAACAGCAGCUAAACCAGCGCUUGUUUAACCGAGAGCAGCUCAAGCAAGAGAGGGCUGCUUUCAAUGCUUUAUUUUAG